AUGAAGGAUCCAAUCCCGGAAGCACCGCCAGAGAUCCUGGCGUCGCUAAAUGACAUCCCGCGGCCGCAGUCACAACCCGAUCCUGCUUUGGCCUCCAAGUCUGCAUCGAUCGCCGAGACGGCGUCCACCGUGAACUCCAGAAACGCAGCGAAAGUCGCGAUCCCUCGUCAAAGGUCGGGUGGUAUUGCCCCGCGCUACGGCCGCCGUGUCCCCCGUGCGUGUGAAUCAUGCCGCGCGCGCAAAACAAAAUGCAGCGGUGAUACGCCAGUCUGUCGCCAGUGCCGAGAGCUCCGAGUAGCUUGCCACUAUCCGGUGGGAUGGAAAGAACGGACGAAGAGACAAGUCGAUAAACUGACCGAAAAGGCGCACGAUUAUGAAAAUCUGCUGAAGGAACUGGGAGCUAUGGUCGAGACUCGCACUGCAGAAAGGAUCAAGGGCUUGCUGGACAAGCAUGGUCUCGAAGUCGAAUACUCGUCCAACAGCAACCCAUCCCAUUCAGCAACCCCCCAGGAUGAUAUUCCCGAAGCCGAUGAACGUGAUCCCGACGAAAUCAGUUCCCCGUCCUCCAUUGGAUCGCUAGAGGCAAUCGACCGAGUAGAAGAAGAUCUCAACCGAACGGAACAUUCGAGAGCAACCGGGUUUAUGGGGAAAAAUUCUGAAGUGACUUGGAUGCAGCGAUUACAAAGAGAGGCGGAGCACCGUUCGCAGGGAUUACCUGGAUCGUUAGAGCCAGGCCAAAGUAAACGACAGGAUGACGAUCUCGCCUUGCACGCGGUAAACUACCACCUGGAUGACUUGGACAUAUCUGUCCCCGGGCCUGUGGAGAUAUAUGCAAUGCCCCCCCGUUCCCUGGCAGACAAAUUGUUCGAAGACUAUCUAAGAACCGUGCACCCGUUCUUCCCCAUCAUCAACUGCCCUCUUUUCACUGCACAGUACCAAACGUUCUUCGAUAGCAAUGCCCAGCCAGGGGACAAGUGGCUUGCCAUCCUGAAUAUGAUCUUCGCUAUCGGGGCGAAACAUGCUCUUUUGAUAGAGGCGCCGUGGCGCGGAAAUGAACAUGACCAUUUGCUGUACCUGACCCGAGCCAGGAUCCUCAGUAUGAAUGGGGAUUCAUUGUUCAGUCACCCAGAUCUCCAGCAGGUCCAAGUCGAAGGUCUGAUUGCUUUCUAUCUGCUCUCAUCAGACCAGAUCAAUCGUGCCUGGAGAAUAUCAGCGUUGGCAAUCCGAUCCGCCAUCACACUUGGAAUCAACAUGAAGAACAGCAGUCCGACAACCCCUAACAUAUCGAAGGAGGCUCGCUACCGGGUCUGGUGGUGCCUAUAUACCUUCGAGCAUAUGCUGGGAAUCAUGACUGGUAGGGCCACUUGCAUCCUGGACGGUAUUUGUACUACACCUUUGCCAGUGCCCUUUAACGAGGACAAGUUGCACGAGCCCGCAGCAGCUGAAGUCCUCAAUAACACUAUUCUGCGGGAUGAACGCAUCAACAAAGUCAUGGCCAGCGCCUGGGUUCGGCAUAUGCCACUCAAUCCCACCGGUGGCAAAGAGGCCACACAUAAGUCUCGCGAGCGCGACAACUCAUGGGUAAAGAACAUACCGUUCAACUCAGGGCUCUGUCAUCUUUAUUACUGUGACUUGGCGGUAGUCACGCAGGAAAUUGUCAACAAGGUGUAUUCUGUCGAUUGUGUCAUGGUGCCAUGGGCACAUAUCGAAAAUCGAAUCGGCGAGCUGCGUUGCCGUAUCGAUCUUUGGUUUCGCAGCAUCCCGACCUUCCUCGAUUUUACACGCAAGGCGGAUGAUGGCCCCGAGGUGCUCCGCUGUAAACUUGCUCUCGCGUUUCACUACUAUAGCGCACGGAUCACCCUAGGCCGCCCAUGCCUCUGUAGGCGUGAUGCUAGCCAGAAGAACCCAGCUGACAAGUCAAGCUUCAGUCAUGACUUGGCUGUGAUGACCCUGGAGUCCGCAAUGCGAAUGCUAGAUCUCAUCCCCGACCAGCCCAAUGCCGCCCAGCUUUACGAUAUAUCCCCGUGGUGGUGCAUCCUGCACUACUUGAUGCAAGCCGCCACGGUCCUCCUCCUUGAGCUAUCCUUCGGCUCCGUGCACAUGCCAGACGACGAACAAAACUUCAUUAUAUUCUCUAAAAAGGCCAUCCGCUGGCUAUUCGCCAUGUCUGAGCAUAGCAUCGCAUCGCGUCGCGCCUGGCAACUCUGCGACAUCGGCCUGCGUCGCCUCGCCACCGGCAUGCAUUUCGAUGUCUCGGAUAUGCCAUCUGCCACAUACCACCAAUCACCGACCUCUACUCUCAACUUAACCGACCCAGGCAUACAACACCAGGCCUCUGACCAACCGCUGACUCCCAAUUUCUGGGGCGCGCACUUGGAAGAUCUUUCUUUAGCCGGCACUGAAUUGAACCACAACCCAUCUGGCGAUCCCUUCACCUAUCCAACGAAUGUUUCGAUCUCAGAUCCAGUCGCAACACUCGCGACAGAGGCCCAGAUCACGGACGACGUGUACUUCCCGUACGAUAUUAUUAGCGGCGAAUUCAUUCGGUCGUUCUUCCCGCACACCAACGAGGAAGACCAGAAUUGGGAACAGCAUUGA